AUGGAACUGCCUAUAGACAGGGUGGCCAUUAAUGCUAAGGUGAUGAACCCAAACCAGGAUAAUGCUAACAAAAUGGUCGCUGCUUCAACUGGGAAUUUGAUUCGUCUCUGGUCUGUUACUGAUGACGGUGAUAGUCGGGAGAUCGGAACAUUCAACCUUAAAGUAUCGGUUGAUUCUUUAUUCUUCAUUGGAAGUCAGUUAGUAGCCCUGAGUCAGACGGGAAAGGUUGGAGUUUGGCAUGCAAUGACCCAACACUGGCAAAUUCAAGAUGUAAUUCCUAUUACAAGCUAUGACACUGCUGGCUCUUUCUUGUUACUUGGGUGUAACAACGGUUCUAUCUAUUACAUUGAUAUGCAAAAAUUUCCUUUACGUAUGAAAGACAAUGACCUUCUUGUCACAGAACUCUACAAAGACCCUAGUAAUGACAUGGUUACUGCUCUCAGUGUCUACCUCACCCCUAAAACUAGCUUGAGCGGGAACUGGAUCGAAAUUGCCUAUGGCACCAGCUCAGGAACAGUCCGUGUUAUUGUGCAACAUCCAGAGACUGUCGGUCACGGUCCACAAUUAUUUCAAACGUUUACGGUUCACCGUAGCCCCGUCACCAAAGUAAUGUUAUCAGAGAAACAUCUUGUAUCUGUGUGUUCUGAAUACAAUCAUGUAAGGACUUGGAGUGUUACUCGUUUUCGGGGUAUGAUUUCCACCCAACCAGGUUCUACCCCUCUAGCCUCGUUCAAAAUUGUCUCAUUGGAGGGUAUGGACAAUCAGAUGAGUUAUCCAGGUGGACACGAUUUCGACAAGCUACCCGGGCCAUUUGGCGAGCAAGAUGACCAGCAGGUGUUCGUCCAGCGUGUCGUACCGGAGACUGACCAGUUAUUCGUCCGGCUAUCAUCCAAUGGUCAACGGGUUUGUGUUAUCAAAUCUGUUGAUCUGAGCCCCAUCAGUGCUUUCUGCGUUCAUGAAUGCGAAGGAUCAAAUCGAAUGGGGUCUCGCCCUAGGCGUUAUCUCUUCACCGGUCACACCAAUGGCAGCAUCCAGAUGUGGGAUCUGACAACGGCAAUUGAAAUGAUGAAUAAGGAAAAACAAGUAUUGGGUGGCGGCCCGACCCCAGCUGAACUAGUCAGUCUACUUGAUCAGUUUGAUUUGAGCAAUUCUCGAAUGUCGACACCGUGUAUCAGCCCCUCACCCUCUAUCAUUACCUCUCACGGAUUCCAGGUGGCUGGUGGCAGAUUAAGGUUGUCUGGGGUGUUCUCGUCGUCUGGGAGUCAACACUUGGAAGUUGGGGCUUGUGCUCUUGAUAAAGAAGAUCAUGACUCUGAAGUCGAUGUAUCCCGUUUUUAA